AUGUUUGGGAUCCAGGAAAGCAUCCAACGGAGUGGAAGCAGUAUGAAGGAAGAGCCGCUGGGCAGCGGCAUGAACGCGGUGCGGACGUGGAUGCAGGGCGCUGGGGUGCUGGACGCCAACACAGCGGCGCAGAGUGGGGUGGGUCUGGCCCGGGCUCACUUUGAGAAGCAGCCGCCUUCUAAUCUGCGGAAAUCCAACUUCUUCCACUUCGUCCUGGCCCUCUACGACAGACAGGGCCAGCCCGUGGAGAUCGAGAGGACGGCCUUUGUGGGCUUCGUGGAGAAGGAAAAAGAAGCCAACAGCGAAAAGACCAAUAAUGGGAUCCACUACCGGCUCCAGCUCCUCUACAGCAAUGGGAUAAGGACUGAACAGGAUUUCUAUGUGCGCCUCAUCGACUCCAUGACAAAACAAGCCAUAGUGUACGAAGGCCAAGACAAGAACCCUGAAAUGUGCCGAGUGUUGCUCACACACGAGAUCAUGUGCAGCCGCUGUUGUGACAAGAAAAGCUGUGGCAACCGAAAUGAGACUCCCUCAGAUCCAGUGAUAAUUGACAGAUUCUUCCUGAAGUUUUUCCUUAAAUGCAACCAAAAUUGCCUAAAGAAUGCAGGAAACCCACGUGACAUGCGGAGAUUCCAGGUCGUGGUGUCUACCACCGUCAACGUGGAUGGCCAUGUCCUGGCAGUCUCUGAUAAUAUGUUUGUCCACAAUAACUCCAAGCAUGGGCGGAGGGCUAGGAGGCUUGACCCCUCGGAAGGUACGCCCUCUUAUCUGGAACAUGCUACUCCCUGUAUCAAAGCCAUCAGCCCGAGUGAAGGAUGGACGACGGGAGGCGCGACUGUGAUCAUCAUAGGGGACAAUUUCUUUGAUGGGUUACAGGUCAUAUUCGGUACCAUGCUGGUCUGGAGUGAGUUGAUAACGCCUCAUGCCAUCCGUGUGCAGACGCCUCCUCGGCACAUCCCUGGUGUGGUCGAAGUCACAUUGUCCUACAAGUCCAAGCAGUUCUGCAAAGGGACACCAGGCAGAUUCAUCUAUACAGCGCUCAAUGAACCUACCAUUGACUACGGUUUCCAGAGGUUACAGAAGGUCAUUCCCCGGCAUCCUGGCGACCCAGAGCGCUUACCAAAGGAAGUGAUCCUUAAAAGGGCUGCAGAUCUUGUUGAAGCCCUGUACGGGAUGCCCCACAACAACCAGGAGAUUAUCCUGAAGAGAGCUGCUGACAUUGCAGAGGCUCUGUACAGCGUCCCUCGCAACCACAACCAGCUCCCAGCCCUUGCUAACACUUCGGUCCACGCAGGGAUGAUGGGUGUGAAUUCCUUCAGUGGACAACUGGCUGUGAAUGUCUCUGAGGCAUCACAAGCCACCAAUCAAGUUGUGCCAUCCAGCCCCACUAUGGCCUCCUCUACGAGCCUCCCCUCCAACUGCAGCAGCUCCUCGGGCAUCUUCUCCUUCUCACCAGCCAACAUGGUCUCCGCCGUGAAACAGAAGAGCGCAUUUGCACCAGUGGUCAGACCCCAGACCUCCCCGCCUCCCACCUGCACCAGCACCAACGGGAACAGCCUGCAAGCGAUAUCUGGCAUGAUUGUUCCUCCCAUGUGA